UCUGUGCUUCAGAAACACCGAGAACGUCGAGCCGUACGGUUCUCUCCGCUUUCUAGUGUAAAUAUCAGUCUGUGGUGCGUGAAAGGUUCACGAGUGUCCCAUUUAGACAUCAGUUCGGUGGUUUCGAAUCAGCUGGGAGCUUUUCAGUGCGACGAUUCGGAUAAAUUCAAUGUGUUGAGUGUUUUAUCAGUGCUUCCAAAGUUGUUGUGACGAAGGCACCCGUGCCUGAUUGUGCAAUCGCCAGGCUCAAGGCUUCGAAAUUGGUCGUUUUAAGAAAAGCAUCUCCUUGACAGAGGAUCGUUCGUGACAAAGGGUCCACAAAAUACGCGCUAGGCCUGGUGACGUCACCGGAUACCACGUUUCUUCAGGGACGUUGCUGAGAAAGCGAUAAGAUAGAGGAGAUACAGAAGCCGGAUACUAGGAUGGAGCGAGAGUCGAACCAGAUGCAGACCCUCUGCAGAUCGGGCUGUGGCUUCUACGGCAGUCCGGCCACCGAUGGGCUGUGUUCGCUGUGCUACAAGGAGGCCCUCAAAAAGAAACAGCAACUUCCAAACACACCUUCAAGUCACUGCAACGCUUUGAGCAUGGCUUCCGCAGCUACGCCAACGAAUCACAUUAAUCCUAUAAAUCCUCUGAUGUCUCACGCCGAUUUCAACCAUGAUGAUGCCGUAGAUCAAUCACAAGCAGCCGCCAUCUCAACUCCUGAAUCUUUAAAUGUGCCCGCAGAAGCAUCUCCAAGUGCUGUCCCCGGAGUAUCAACGGACAGCACGGAGGAAGACAAAGAUGGAGACAAGGACAAGAAGAAGAAGAACAGAUGCCGCGUAUGUCGCAAGAAGGUCGGCUUGACUGGUUUCGAAUGCAGGUGUGGGGGGCUAUUCUGUGGUAUCCACCGGUACAGCGACAAACACGAUUGCGACUUCGACUACAGAGAGCUGGGAGCUAAAGAAAUUAGGCGUAAUAAUCCUGUAGUUGUAGGAGAGAAGAUCCAGAAAAUAUGAGCCCCGCCACAGUUUUAAGUGCCACAUUGCGCCGACACAGUGAAAAUUGGACGCUAAUAAGGUGCUUAUAGUGUAAAAGGACAAGUGAUGAAUUUUUCCCCCUCCCUGGCUGCAGCAAAAAAAGAUGCUCAGCAAAUAGUACUUUUACAAUUUGCCACAACUGUCAUUAGUAUAACUUUCAACUAAUAAAUUUAUAUAGAUCUAUGUCAUUUUUAGCUUCUUUCCUUAUUAUUUUUUUGUUGUGUAUAUAGUUGACUUGAAUCGCAUGAUAAUAUUCUAAAUAAUGUAGAGAAACGUCAUCCCCAGACGUACGUUUGUAAAUUGUACGAUCGAAAAAACAUCGCAACAAAAUUAUGGAUUUUUCAUUGUGCUUAUAAUCGAGAUUCAGUUGAUUUAGUCAGGUAUAUAGUGUGAGUUAUUCGAAUUUUUGGAUUACAAAAAUGUUUCCGUUGAGAGUUAAUGCCAGGCAGUCUAGAUGUCGCUAGAUUCGCUUGAAACAAAGUGACGAGAUAAAGGAUGAGGUUAUUUGAAACUUAGUUUUAUUUUAUUGUGCAAAUAAUAUAGAGUGAUAUUUCAAAUAUACAUGGACUAAAAUAAUAAGGCGUUAAUGGUGUUUUUGUUUAAUAAAUGUUGCCUACCCUGUGGAAAAUGUCGUGUCGUCUUCAAGUGAGGGGAUGUUGAUUUGGCGCUCUCGGAUUUAUCAAUUUUUCAAUCGACACCACACGUUUCCAGCUUUACUGAUUGACUGUUUUGUUUUUCCGAGUUUUUGUUAGUGGCAUGGUUGAGUUUUACAGUGGUUUCAUUUAAAACAAAAAAAAAGUUAGUUCAAAAUGGUUUUUACAUUUAUUAACUGGUGUUUUCGUUGGUCCAGCCCUAGCCGUUGUCUGUUCAUUUUCGCCUCUUAUAAAAACAGAUAAGGACUGAAAACUUGCAUUCUGCAUCUUGGAAGUUGGACAAAAGGGAUGCAAACAAUCUCAAUUUUAAUUAACAAAAUGUUUGGUAUUGAAGCAAGAACAAGAUCAAACCUGUGAAAAUUUAAAUAUUACGUUGUUCUACAUAACAAAAAAUGAAAAGUUUUCACAAAAGAAGAGUUCCAAAUGAUAGAAACAAAAAAGUAGUCGAAGGCUUUCCCCAUAGUCCAGCUGUCAAGAUCAUUAAAAAAAAUUACAUAAUUAUUAAUUUAAAAUAAUUAAAAAAAUUUGAAUACCUCUUAGAUUUAGUUCAAACGAUAUUGAAGAUGCUGGACCAGCGAAAACUAGUGUUACAGUAUUGGGGAAAUCAAAACUUCAAUUGCACAUCACAAUGCUAUAUUGCGUCUAGUUGUUCCAAGUUUUUGUACAGAAUGUUUUAUUCGUGUGCAUAAAUUUGAAUGAGUAUAAGACAGAAAAAUGUGUGUGUAGAAUUCCGGAUAUUUUUGAGAAACAGUAGGAAAUUAUUUAGUUAUAAAUUUAUUAUUGUUGAAAUGAUUGAAUUUUGAUAAUUUCAUUCAUGCUCAUACAGAGAUAGUUUUCUGUUGGUUUAUAAUUCCGUUUUCUGAAUAUCCUUUUUAGUUAACUGAAAAUCUCAAGAAAAAAUUCAAAGCUGAAGGAAAUUUUUCUUGAUAAUUUUCACGGUUGAAAUAAUAUCCCAAUGGUUGAAAUUAUGUUCUGAUUUUUUUGAAUCUGCUUUGUAUUGUAUCAAUAUUUGCAUCUUCUUCAUCAGUCAUUAUCAAAUUCAAUAUUGUCAUGUAGAAAUUAUGUAACCAUGUAUUUCGUCACAUAUAUUUUCAAAUUAGUGUGGAUCAGAUAAAAAACUGUAUUUAUAAAUAUAUCAAUAACGAUAUGUUAGUCAUAUAAACUUUUUCUUCUGUAGAAUAUUUCAGUUUGAUAAACAUACAUCCAAAACUCAGGGGACAACUGGCAUAUGUAGUUUUCAAUUCUAAUAGCUUGUACUUCUUUCUUAUUUUGGAUAUUCUUUCUUUAAAUUUUUGUUUUCAGUAAAAGAGCUUGUCGAUGUAUUUGAACUUUUGAAACAUUUUUUUCGUCAAUAUUGACUAAUGUAGAAGUAAAUAUAAUUGGUAUAUCUUUUUAGAGUUAUUCCAAAUCUAUUGUUUCACAGGGGAACUUACAAGUUUCAUUGUUUCUUUGAUAUUGUGGAAUUCCAAAUGUAACUAUUAUAUUAUUUUAUUAUAUGUUAAAAUUUA